GAGAAUAAAACAAGAGGAACCAGAAACCUGGAGAAUAAAACACGAGGAACAAGGAGGCCUAAUGAAAAUGAAGGAAGAAAGACCAGAUCUGAAUGACGUGGAGGAGGAAUAUCAGGAUCAGAAAGAUCAAGAUGUCAAUGGAGAAAAAUCUGUAAUUUGCAACAUUAAAAAAACAGACGUCAAAAGGCCUUUCAGCUGCUCUCAGUGUGGGAAGAGCUUUACACGGAAAGGACACCUUAAAAAUCAUUUGUUAACUCACACUUCAGAAAAGCCUUACAGCUGCUCUCAGUGUGGAAAGAGUUACGCACAGAAAGGAAACCUUAAUAAUCAUUUGGUAACCCACGCUUCAGAAAAGCCUUUCAGCUGCUCUCAAUGUGGAAACACUUUCAAUCGUAAAGCAAGCCUUGAGAAGCACAUGUUGAUUCAUGCUGGGAUAAAGCCUUACAUCUGCUCUGAGUGUGGAAAGAGUUGUACAUAUAAAGAAAACCUCAAGACUCACAUGUUAAUUCAUACUGGGAUAAAGUCUUUCAGUUGCUCUCAGUGUAAGAAGACUUUUACACAUAAAUCAGGCCGUGAGAAGCACAUGUUAAUUCAUACUCAGAUAAAGUCUUUCUGCUGCUCUCAGUGUGGAAACGCUUUCAGUCGUAAAGCAUGCCUUGAGAAGCACAUGUUUAUUCAUACUGGGAUAAAGCCUUACAGCUGCUCUGAGUGUGGAAAGAGUUUCACACAGAAAGGACAACUUAAUAAUCAUCUGGUAACUCACACUUCAGAAAAGCCUUUCAGCUGCUCUCAGUGUGGAAACACUUUCAGUCGUAAAGUAUGCCUUGAGAAGCACAUGUUGAUUCAUGCUGGGAUAAAGCCUUACAGCUGCUCUGAGUGUGGAAAGAGUUACACACAGAAAGGAGCACUUAAAAAUCAUCUGGUAUCUCACACUUCAGUAAAGCCUUUCAGUUGCUCUCAGUGUGGAAAGAGUUUUACGCAGAAAGGACACCUUAAGGAUCAUUUGGUUACUCACACUUCAGUAAAGCCUUUCAGUUGCUCUCAGUGUGGAAAGAGUUUUACAUAUAAAUCAACCCUUAAGAGACACAUGUUUAUUCAUACUGGGUAAAAAACCUUUUACCUGCUCUCAGUGUGAAAUGUGUUUAGAACAAAAAUGAG